CCACGCGAUCGUCUCUGUGGCUCUCCCUCAGCAUCGGGUAAUUCCCUGAUUCUCUCGAUUUCGAUUGGGUACACUAGUCCAAAAUCCUCGUGUCCUGAGGAGGUUAUGCAGUUCUUGGAUACCCUCAGGUUUGUUGUCGAAAACCGGCUUCCAUUACUGAUACACUAUGCAUCCGCCUCAUUCUCAGAGAUCUUCAGUGACACUGGCAUCAGACAGUUAUCUCAAAUGCUACUAUCACUUAUCUUCUUCCACACAUCCGAAUACAUUCUAGCCAUCGCCAUUCAUGGAGCAUCAAACGUAACUCUUAGCUCGCUUUUGAUCAGCAAGCAUUACGCUUUAGCAAUGCUUGUGUCGCUGCUCGAAUACCUUACAGAGAUUAUCCUCUUCCCGGCGCUGAAACAACACUUGUGGGUCAGCAACUUUGGACUCAUAAUGAUCAUCGUUGGAGAAAUCAUCAGGAAGGCAGCGAUAAUAACAGCGGGAAGAUCGUUCACACACCUUAUAAAGAUCAACCACGAAGAGCAUCACGGGCUUGUGACUCACGGUGUGUAUAGACUAAUGAGGCAUCCAAGUUACUGCGGGUUCCUCACCUGGUCGGUCGGGACACAAGUUAUGCUCUGUAAUCCCGUUUCAACGGUUGUGUUUACGGUUGUCGUGUGGCGGUUUUUUGCUCAGAGAAUACCGUACGAGGAGUAUUUUCUGAAGCAGUUUUUUGGGGUACAGUAUCUAGAGUAUGCAGAGAGUGUUGCUUCUGUAGAGUCGGAGACCAUGUUGUGCGGAGGCUCUCGUGCCUCCGUGCAUUUGUUGGACCAUCGUCAUCCUCCUACGCUCGGUGCUAAGGUUUUGCGGCAAUCUUCAUUCGUCCUCAGACCUUGUUCGGCUAAAUCGCAGCAGCGGAUGAAGUCGUCGUCUAGGUCUCACUGUAAAACUCCAGGAAAAAUUCCAGCUCGUCUCAAUUGUUUCAGCCAGGGAGAUGAUAAUCCUGAGCUUUCAGCUGAAGGGCUUUCCCCAGUUGCAGGAGGCAUUGUUGCUCUAGGGAAGUUUGAUGCCCUGCAUAUCGGUCAUCGAGAGCUUGCAAUUCAAGCUGCAAGAAUUGGUACUCCAUACCUAUUGUCGUUUGUUGGAAUGGCUGACGUACUCGGUUGGAAACCUAGAGCACCGAUAGUAGCCAAAUGCGAUAGAAAACGGGUGCUUUCCUCUUGGGCAUCGUAUUGUGGUGACAUAGCACCGGUAGAGUUUGAGAUAGAAUUUGCCAGCGUUCGACACCUUAACCCACAACAGUUUGUUGAGAAGUUGUCAAGAGAGCUUAGAGUCUGCGGAGUUGUGGCAGGCGAAAAUUACAGGUUUGGAUACCGGGCUUCUGGUGACGCCUCUGAACUUGUGAGGUUAUGUAAAGAGUACGGUAUCAGCACUUACAUCAUUAACUCCGUGAUGGAUAAAAACCAAGUCUCUGGAAACACGGACACAGAAGAGGACUCAAAGUCAAAAGAAAGAGGACAAGUCUCGUCCACAAGAGUCCGCCACGCUCUCGCUGCAGGAGAUGUGAGGUAUGUAAAAGAGCUCCUCGGCAGACCACACAGGGUUAUCUCAAGGGCGAGAACACAAGAUUUAACAAGCAAAGGAAGGAGGAUCACGCUUCAGACAUCGUCGCUACUGAAUCUACCACCGGGAAAUGGAGUUUACAAAGCAUGCUCGCUUAGAGUUGGUGAUAAGCAUCCAAUUUCGUGUAAGGUUGUUGUCGAUACAUCGAAUAUCAACAUAGAAACAGAAGAUGUAGAAGAACGUUUCCAUGACUCAGAUGGGUCUCAAGAGUUUCUACUCUUAGGGAUUGAGUUCGGUUGAUUGACACAUUGAUAAUCAAAAGAAUCACAUUUACCAUUUCAAGAUUUGGUAACAGAUUUAAUAACGGUUAACAAAGAUUUUAACUUUAA